AUGGAUCUCUUGAAGUUUGUCAUGCUGAGCUUGUGUUGCUUCUCACUUUGCACAACAAUGGCGAACGCCAGGAUCUUUGAUGUAACAUCUUAUGGUGCAAUAGGAGAUGGGGAUACAGAUGACUCUGAAGCGUUUCUUCGAACCUGGGAAGAUUUAUGUGGAGAUGAUUCGCCAGAUCCCACCAUGAUCAUACCAACGAAGACCUUUUUGAUAGGACCUGUGUCAUUCCGUGGUCCAUGCAAUUACCAUGUGGUAAAUGUUCAGCUUUUGGGCAACAUCACUGCACCCAAGACAUUCGAUGGAUGGAAAGGUUGUGUAGAAAAAAGAAAUUGGAUAGAUUUCGUAUCAGUGCAUCGACUCAGCAUUCAUGGACCUGGUCAAAUUGAUGGUCAAGGCUCGCUCUGGUGGGGAAAUGAGGUGGCAGCCAAAAUUUGUUAUGUCCCAUCGGCGUUACAUUUUCAUAAGUGUGAUGGCCUUCGGCUGAGUGGCACAACACAUAUUAAUAGCCCAAACCAUCAUAUUGGCAUUAAUGGUUGCAAUAAUGUAAAUGUUGGAAAUCUUCAAAUUUAUGCACCUGAUCACAGCCCAAAUACUGAUGGAAUCGACAUCAGUUCAUCGUCCAUUGUUAACAUCCAUGACUCGAUUAUUCAAACUGGUGAUGAUUGUGUGGCUAUUAAUGGUGGCACCAUUAAUAUCAAUAUAACAAGAGUGAUAUGUGGACCUGGUCAUGGCAUAAGCAUCGGAAGCCUUGGGAAAAAUGGUGAUUAUCAUACAGUGGAACAAGUACGUGUGGAAAAUUGUAAUCUCACAGGAACAACAAAUGGAUUACGAAUCAAAACAGUACCGAAUGGGAGGGGGUAUGCGAAGGGGAUCUUAUUUCAGGACAUUAAUCUCGUAGAUGUUAAAAAUCCAAUUAUAAUUGAUCAACAUUACUGCAGUCAAUCUCUAGAUGCCUUUUGCCCAGCACCGCCAUCAAUGCAAGCAGUAAAAGUGAGUGACGUGACGUAUAUUAAUGUACAUGGGACUUCAUCAAAUAAGCAAGCAAUUACUUUCAAUUGCAGCGGGAGGUUUAAGUGCACUAAAAUCACAACCAACGAAGUUAGAAUCUCUGGAGAAAAUGUUUUUGCUUACUGCAAUAACGCUAAGGGUAAAUUUUUGGCUACAAACCCAAUGGUCAAUUGCGAAUAGAUUGUAGCUUCCCAAAUAAGGGAUGAUAUCCAUGGGUUGUUGCACUAUUUCAUUUCAUAAUUAAAAAAAGAUAAUUACUAUAAUCAACUUAAUUCUAU